AUGACUAAGAUAGACGUGCACCAUCAUUUUUACCCUGCGGCUAUGCGCCAAGCUCUUGAUCGCGCAGGAGGGGAUCCCUCGGGAUGGUAUAUCCCCCCUUGGACCUUGGAUCUCGAUCAAGACAUGACACGACGAAUGAAAGUGACAACAACCAUUCUAUCUAUCACUGCGCCAGGUCCAGCCAUCGAGUCUGAUGUCGCCAAAGCCUCAGCCCUAGCUCGCAGUUGCAAUCUAUCAGCAGCCACUAUUCGAGAUGCCAAGCCCACUCAGUAUGGCUUCUUCGCCUCACUGCCCUCAUUGUUCGAUACAGAGGCCGUUUUGGAGGAGAUAGACUACGCCUACAACACCCUUCAAGCUGAUGGGGUCACUUUAUUUACUCGUUACGGAUCGGGUCCUCAUUACCUGGGCCAUGAAGCGUUCCGGCCCAUCUGGGCUGAUCUCAGUCGUCGUGGCGCCGUGGUCUUCAUCCAUCCAACCCAUCCAGUUGAUACGCAGCUCAUCAAUCCCUGGCUUCCACAGCCCAUGUUUGACUAUCCACAUGAAACUGGCCGAGCGGCCAUGGAUCUGUUGACAAGUGGCGUUCUGCGAGAUUAUCCCGGGUGUAAGGUCAUUCUCUCGCACGCAGGCGGGACUUUGCCCUAUCUCAUCUAUCGUGCGGCGACUAUGUUGCCCUUGAUGCCGCAGACGCUGGGUCUAUCCACUGAAGAGUUGAUAGAACUAGCCAGAGGAUUCUAUUUUGAUACGGCUAUCUCGUCCAAUCCGGUCACCUUGAAGGCGCUGUUUGAAUUUGCUGCACCUGGCCAUAUACUUUUUGGUAGCGACUACCCCAAUGCUCCUGGUGAUGCGAUCCAACAUUUCACACAAUUUCUAGAGGAAUUUGAGAUGUCAGAUGAAGCUAAGCUGCAGGUAAACAGUGGAGCAGCAAUGGAGUUGUUCCCGAGACUUCAAGGGACCAAUGAUCAAGCGAGGCUUUGA